AUGACUUGCAAGACGGUGAGGCAGGAGGCAACUCCACGGGGCGAGGAGGCGCUGGCGACCCCCGGCACUCCUUCACCUGUCCACCAGCCAGACGGGCCCGGGCCAGGCCAGACAGGUGAGUUGGGCGCUAACAUUCCACACGCGCGGACCUACGUUACAUUCCUUCCUCACCUGCUGCCUCGUCUGUCCUCCUCCCGUGCCUGUGACUUGUGGAUAUAGACCUGAAAAUGUAAGGCAGGGGUUCGCCAAGUCUGCUGGCGUGCGUGUGUGGCGGUGGCGGGAAGCAGGAGGGAGAUGUGUGGUGGGCCAAGUGGUGAUGGUGGUGGAGGCAGCUUGGAAGUGUGUGUGGGGUGCCCGCUGCCCUGAGAAAUAUGUAGAUCACACUUAACAAGCACUCUGCCGAGUGAAGUGAUACCAUAGUGGCACAAUGCUGUGUCAGAUGAAGAAAGAAAGCAAUAUGGAUGUCCACUGUUGAACUUGUGGUGCUAUUUUGAAUAAUCGUGCUAAUCCCCACAUCGGAGCGAGCAGUACUGAUAAACCAGAGAUUAAAUAGACAUCAAGGGUGUGGAAGUGCAGUAACGGACCACCGGUGGCCGAAGUGAGGGUCAAUCAAAAGUGAGGACUGGUGGGGAAAAAAAUAAUAAGGAUCUAGAAAAUAAGGUCAGGCGGAUCUUAGGGUGGAGUGUGGAUAGGUUACACGCCCCUCAUCCUUGACCUGGCCUCACCAUGAUCCCAGGUAGACUUGUGCCCGUGUGGUGACCCAGGACCAGACAGCCAUGCCCUCCACCACCGCUCCUGUGGACAGGUUCCACCAUUACAAGCGGCCAGGGUCAAGGCGUUCCAGAGUAAACUAUAACUAUAAGUACCGAAGAGCGUCAUGUCCUCUAGCCUUCGAGGAAAGCUCUCCACGGCGAAUCCUCAGGUCGAGGAGCGCCGUGGUGAUGGAGGACGGGGUCAGCCUUAGCUCCGCCUCCGGAUCGGCCUCUGGUGCUGGGGGCUCGUCCUCCGCCUCCAGCACGGCUGGCGAGGAGGUGGUGCUCAGAAUCAACGUACCGGAGCUCAAGGUGGAGAAGUGCCUGCAGUUCCACCGAGACGACCUUGUGUGGGACGUAAAGCAGCAGGCCCUGGCGGCGCUUCCCAAGGUGGCGCUUUGGUACCGGGAGCUUCGGGAGAGCUUCAACUAUGGCCUCUUCUGUCCACCCCAGAAUGGCCGUGCUGGCAAAUUUCUGGAUGAGGAGAGGCCACUUGGGGACUAUCCGCUCCUCACCCCUGUGGGAUACCUGGAGCUCAAGUACAAGAGAAGAGUGUACAAGAUGCUGCACCUGGAAGAGAAAGCCCUGCGUGCACUCCAUACUCGGGCAAACCUGCGUCGAUUUCUGGAAUACGUGAAGGAGAACAAUGUGGAUAAGGUGUCAAAGAUGUGUGCCAAGGGACUGGACCCAAACUUCCACUGUCAGGACACAGGAGAGACGCCACUGACCCUCGCCGCCCGCAUCAAGAAGCCUGCCCGUAUGAUAGUGGCUCUGGUGAACGGCGGAGCUCUGCUGGACUACCGCACCAGAGAUGGGGUGACCGCCAUGCACCGCGGCGUUCAGGCCAGCAACUUUGAGGCCGUCAAGACCCUGCUGGACCUUGGUGCGUCCCCCAACUACCGUGACGCUCGUGGCCUCACUCCACUGUACUACUCAGUGACCCACGCCACCGAUCCACUGCUGUGUGAGGCAUUGCUGCAUGACUAUGCUGUGAUUGGUGCUUCAGACAGUCAGGGGUGGCAGGAGACCCAUCAGGCCUGUCGCAACAAGCUGGUUCAACAUCUAGAACACCUUCUCUUUUAUGGAGCCGACAUGAAUGCCCAGAAUGCCUCAGGGAACACACCUCUCCACGUAUGUGCAGUAAACAACCUUGAGGAUUGUGCGCGUGUCCUGCUGUUCCGGGGCUGCAACAAGAACGCGAUAAACUAUGCCAAUCAGACCCCAUACCAGGUGGCGGUCAUUGCUGGCAACAUGGACCUUGGGGAAGUGAUAAAGUCCCACAGCGAGGAGCACGUAGUGCCCUUCAAGGAACCACCAAAAUACAACCCAAACAGACGCAUUUCUGGAGCCCCUCUCUCCCGCACCCACUCCGACCCCAGACUGGAAGUGAGCACAGCCACCAAGCCGCCCUCUCCUUCCCCCUCAGCUCGUUCCAUCCCGCCCUUCAGCUCUGCCUCCUCCCUCAGUGAGACCUCUACUGGCAGCAGCUCCACCUGCACCCACCCAAGUGAGAUGGACAGCGAGGAGUGUGCCAGCGCCCUGGGCUCGGCAAGCCUCAAUGCUGUGUCUCAGAAAACCCUGCUAUCUCUGGCAAUGAAAAGAGCAGCAGCCAGUUUAGAUGACACGGGCAUGGACUGCUGCGACAUGGUGAGUGACAGCUCUGGUGUGUGCACAUCCAACAGCGGCAGUGCGGAGAGCUAUGACGCCACGCCCACCGACGUGACGCAGUUUGACAUGGGUAUGCUGGUGGUAUGUCUGCAGCAGUACACACCACACAAGGCCGGCCACCUGGACAUCAAUGCUGGUGACAUACUGGAAGUGACAGGCAGCACUGAUGACGGCAUGCUGGAGGGGGUGCUGAGGGGCGUCACUGGGGUGUUCCCUCCUCACUGUGUUCAGGAGGUGCGGCUGCGCAACCCCCAGGCUGUGAGGGAGUCCCUAAUCGCACCCCAGGUGGCCAGAGUGCAGGGCCGGCGGGAGAUGGUGCCCCCUCACUAUGGCACAGCACCAAGGAUAAGAAAACCGGUCAAUGAACCACGCACUGUCGUCCUUCACCGAGGAAAGAAAGGCUUUGGAUUUGUGCUGCGAGGCGCCAAGGCCACGUCCCCACUGAUGGAACGGCCUCACGAGCGAGGACCAGCCCUUCAGUACCUUGACGACGUGGACCAGGGGGGUGUGGCGGACUUGGCUGGCCUCAAGAAGGGAGACUAUUUGUUAAAGAUCAACGGGGAGGACGUGUCUCAGGCAUCCCACCGAACAGUUGUGACCUUGAUCCGUAAGUCAGGCGACCUGGUGCAGAUGGUGGGUGGUGACGCCAAGCCCCAUGACCUCCUUCACGGCCCUCAAGCCUCCCAUUGGCAACAUUGGCACGAUAAGACGUGGGUGCCAGACACUACCCAGAAAAACUCCACGCAGUGCGGUCGUCCCAAGCCCCCCCAGCUCCCCCCCCCAAGGGACCCCAGAACCACCCUCAGUGUGGGCCGAGCAAGGGCCAAAUCCAUGGUGGCCGGACUUCAGGAUAUUGAAGCCCUGGAUGCCAGCAUGCGAGAGAAUGGGGAUGUGAUGUCCCGCUCUGCCGGAGAGCACUAUGGGGUGGGGCUUUACGGCUCCCCCCAGGGCACCCCCUCCAUGGGCACCCCAGUUGGCACUCCACCAGGCCCUAAAGUUGCAUCCAUUAAGGCGCGUCCAAGCUCGAAACGCAUGACGGCAGCAGAGGUCGAGGAUUUACUUCAGCACGGCAGCACCUCUCCCCCCACCAGCCCCUCCACGCGCCAGCCACAGGUGUAUGCCAGCGUGGCCGAGAUGAAGAAGGCAAAGGCUAUGAAGUCCAGGCAUGUGGGCAAGCUCGCACGCCUGCACAAGGUGUUCCACUCUACGCCAGACCUCAAGGCCGGGGCCACGGCAGCCCUGCCAGCCACCUCAGCAGAGGAGAAGCGAAAGUCCAUUUCCCAGGAAGACUUGUUCAUCCCGGCACUGAAUGGCCAGGGAUCACGACAUUCCCUAGUCUGUCCGCCACGCCGCUCCUCCACCCUGGGGAGGAGUCCUGUUGGCGGGGGGUCUCUCGGGUCUAGGGACUCGUGGCCCAGCGGGGAGGAUGAUGAAGAGGAAGAGGAGGAGGAGGGGAGCAGUGAUUCACCUAACCGCUCCCCAGGACCAAUGGAGUACAGGAUGCUGCGGCGCUCCCAGUCUGCCGUCAAUGCCGCCAUGCUGCGCCGUGCUGGCCUGCAUCCCCCACCCACCCAUCCCCCGCCCCCCCCACCCCUAGGCCAGUUGGUGAAGGUGGACAUCAGCCGCUCCAAGAGUGACUACGCCACAGUGGGUGUGGCGCCCUCAACCCCUGACUCUGCUCCACUUUCCCCGGCCAUCCAGUCCAGCUUCCGGCCGACAGACAGUGCCAAGCUGUAUGCCUCCCCAGAGGAGGUGAAGGCCGUGGGAUAUCGCAGCCCAGACUCGGCUGGCCGCAAAGGUGCCAGCGUCAAGACCCGUUCACAAAGUUUACCACCUAGCACCUCCCGGCCCAGUGUGCAGCGCGGCUCCCCCGAGAGGGCUGCCCAGGCUGCCUACUCCGCCUCCUCCUACUCCACCUUCCGGGGCGAAGGCAGGGAGGGCAGCAGGAGUCAGGAGCCACUCACGCCGGUGGCCACAGCAGCUCCAAGCCGGCCCCCAGUGAGUGAUGCUGUGACCUACGCCCGGCCAAAGAACAACCGCAGUGUGCAGGAGAUGACCGAGGGCAGCUCACCCAGCCGGGUGUGUCCCCAGGGUGUCCGUGCUGCACCCCCCUCCACCCCCGCCCCUGACAUCCCUGAGCCAGACUACAGCUCUGAUGAACAGUCCUCUGCUGCCCUGUCACUGUCCCAGGAUGACUCCAGGAAGACUAGGACCCUCAAGAAAAAGAAACAGACAGUGGCCUUCUCACCCAACUUGGUAACUGCAGCAGGGCCCCCCACACCACCUCAGCAGGAUGCUGAUGGGCCACACUAUGCUGCCCCAGCCAGGAGCCCUGCACCUCUUGGGUCCCUUGGAAGCAAUAACUUCAGGGAUAUGAUUGCACAGAAGGCAGCUGAGAGACAAGCCAGGCAGGAUGAUGGACCUGAGGGCUCACAGUCUGCCACCUCCAGCCCAGCCAAGAGACUGAACAAUGGGAAUGGUAGUGGAGCACUUGGAGACGCCAUCCAAGAGUCAGCCUUGUUCAACAGGCAACGAGAGAAGAGUUCCCCUGCCCCUCAGGGUGGCCGGCCAGCACCAGGCCCCAGUGAAGACCUCAAGACUGGCCGCAUCAUGAGGAAUUCUAAGUCAUGCCCCAGCGAGUUCCUGGAGGAUGGUGAUAACUCUUCCAGUGGUGUGAGUAGUGACCAGGAUCCAGCUGAGGCUUACGUCACCGUCAUCAACACUGAGUCGGACACCAUUUCUGCCGCCCCGAGUGGCAAUGGCAGCUCAGACAGGUUCCUUGGUCGCCAGGGAUCACGCGAUGAUAGUUCAGAAGCCUCAGAGAGUUCUGAUGAGGCCAGUGACCGCACAUGGAUCUUGACAAAUGAGCGCAGUGGUGACCGGAGUGACUCAAGUCGUGACAGUGACUCCAAUGGUGCUCGGCGCUCUGGCUCACUGACCCGCAAUGCUGUGUCACUGGUCAAGCUGCCACCACCACAGGAGACCACAGAGGCUGACGUGGAGGGUGAGGCGACCAGGCAAGGUGACCAAGACACACUCAGCACAGUGUCCUCCCUUAGCAGCCUCUCCUCAGGGUCUGGGGGCAGUGCAGGGGAGCGAGAGAGGUCUCACCCACCUCUCAUUCAGGCCCAGCACUCCCUGCCCUCAGCAUCUCACCCACAGAUGAGGGCCACCCUGCCCAGGACACCCACAGCUGUCUCUCGUGCUGCUUCAGCCCCACCACAGACCACCCACGGCAUGAAGGGAAUGAUGGGAGGUUCUCUUGCUCGAGGUCGUCCCCGGGAACAGCUGUGGGGAGCUGAAGAAGCAGCAGGAUUGCUGCGGGAGAAGAGUGCACCGCUGGCUUCCCGCACGCUGGACCGUUCAUCCUACAAGGGUGCAGAUGGUGGGGAGACAGAGUACGAGCGCAGCAUUGAGGAGUCUCUGCAGCUGAUUCGCAUGCACAUGGAUUCCUUGAAUGAGGUGAAUACCCUGGCUGGGGUACCAGGGGCCGGGGGAGGCGGAGAAGUUGUGCUGGCACCCCCACCAGAGUUCUGUGACAUGUCCCUGGCUGAGCAUCAACAACCACGCAGAAACAAAACAGUGAUUCACAUCUCCAGUGACACCCAGGACCCACCUGUUAGUGUGGUGGGGCCAUCCAGGCAUCACCACCACCACCACCAUCACCACCACUUACACCAUCAUCACCAACAGCAGCAACAGCAGCAGCAGCAACAGCAGCAGCAACUCCAGCAGCAGCAACUCCAGCAGCAACAACUCCAGCAGCAACAACAGCUGCAGCAGCAACAGGAGCUGGAGCAGGAACCUGAGGAAGACAUGCCACAGUUCCGACACAAGACACUGACGGAAUGGACUACAAAAGACACCACGGAGUGGCUGGAGAGCAUCUUUAUGCCCGAAUACAAGGAUUCCUUUGAGGAGCAAGACAUCGAUGGCAGAAAACUGAUGGGACUGAACAAUGACACUCUCAUCAACCUGGGAGUGAGGCGUGUUGGACAUAGGGUCAGUAUGGAGAAGUCACUAAAGAGAUACAAACCCACGGAACGCAUUGAUCUUUGAUUCGAGAGUGCUUGGUAAGCCUCUCCCUUCAGUGAGGGUUGCCAAGAGGAGUGUCCGAUGAUCCCUUGUGCUGUUAUUGGGCCGUUCAUUUUUCAUACUUAAGGUUAGUGGUGGAUGUGUAUGAUUCUUGUGUUUGCUGUUUAUAAACUACAUCGAUGAAGCCCUCAGGGUCCCAAGAAUGAUUUUUCCUGGAGACGUGUCCAUUUUUUCAUUCAUUAAUCUUCAUGGUCAUUUUCACCAGCCUUUCAUUCUUCAUUGAGUCAUAUUUGAAUGUUGAGAAGCCAUUGUGUACUAGGUGUAGUCUCUUUGCCUAAAAACGUCCAACUUGUGAAUUCUUGAAACUCCAGACAAUAACUGAAAAAAAUUGUAUUCCUAGUUUAAAGACAGUGAUUUUGAAUUUUCUCAAAAUCUAUUAUGUAAUUUAUAAUCACCAAUAAUUUAAAAAGCUAUAUGUGUCAUCCUAAUAAUAAUGUAUAGAAACUUGGCUUUGAAGUGCAGACCAAACAUAAGGCUAUGAGGUGGUACAGUACACAGAGCAUUCAGUUCCUAUAUCAAUAUUUUCCUAAGUGUCAAAGCAGAAAAAGGAACUCCAGCAUUUUCAUUUAGGAUGCAGCUCAUCAAAACUAUCCAUCACAAGUCUGAAUUGGUAUCACUGCGGAGGCCUGGCAGCCUGCUGAGUGCUGAGGGAACGACCGGCGAGAACAACCGAAGUGUAUCCAUCAAUGUUUGUCUCCCUGCCGGUCCUCAAAAUAUCCUGCAUGCUAGGUAGUCCUCAUUAUCCACUGUCGCCAUUGCCAAUUUUUAUACCUGUAAUAUUUUAUAUAUAAAAGUAUAUACUAUAUACAUAUAUAAUAUAUAUAUAAUAUAUAUAUAUAGAAUUAUGCACCAAGCUGUUUGAAGACGUGUCCUCGUGCUGGAGAAAGUGGGGAAGUGUUCUUAGCUCUGGAGAAGAAAACAAGUGCACAGACUAUGUGUUUGUACAAAAAAGGUUGUUGAUAGUGUACAUAUUACUGGAUCAUAAACCCUUCACUCAACACAGCAACAUUGUGUAUAUACGUCUGGUUCUCUUUGCUAGUGACUCUUGUCCAUUCUGUCUGCCAACUUUGUGUGUGCCAAAUGCUUCAUUGCUAUGAGGUAUGAUCAAGAACUGAGUGAACCAAGAAUCUGUGUGUCUGUGCCAAGAAGCAUGUCAAAUUUAUACAAGUAUUCAUAAGUUUUUUCUAUCAUAUUUGUGUUAUUGACAGAAUCAUGCAGCUGCAGGAUAUGGUAAUUUUAGUUUAAAUGUCAAAUAAGCAAUAAUAUGAUGAUCCCCAGUAUGGGCAGUCUAUCUGUUAUGCAUUAAAUAUCUCAGACCUGGAUAAUUCUCAUGAGCACUGCUAUCCAAAUUAAAUUUAAGUUUUGAUCAUGGAAUAAAUCAAGUGUGAAGUGUGUUGUAUUACAUGUGCAGAAUUUCCCCUGUGAGGGACGUUCCAGGUUUGAAAAUAAUUACUGCAAUGUGACUGUGUUUGGCAGUGAAGAGUUGUGAGCACUUCAGAAUUUCUGGGUGGCAUCUGCAGUUUGUGUGGAACAGAAAGGAAGAGUGAGCAAAAGAUAAUAAAAAAAAGAGGAAGUCUGUUCUUUGUGUUAGCUCUGUCAUGACCGGUGAUGGAAGCUAACGAAACAGAAGCUAACGAAACAAUGACUGAGGACUGAAGACAAUGGCCAAGCUGAUAUUAGGGCAAUUUUGAAUAGUGAGUGAGCAGCCUUCUUUCUAAACACGUAUAUUGAUAGGCUUAUUCUGAACUUAAUCACGUCAAAAGUUUUGGAAUGGAGUAAUUCAGUGUAUCUAUGGUUUUUACUACACAGAAAUCCAAAUUGUGAAUAACCAGCAUUAGUAGACCCAGCUACUUCCUAGGUUUAUGAGCUGCGCAUGUCAAAAAUUCAAGCAGUGAAAACUCCCACAAGCUUGAGGUACAAUAGGCUAACAGUUUUCCUAUUCUCAAAAAAGUCAUUACUGGGAGCGCGAUAACUCCUUGGUUGGCUGCUGGCCGUGAACUGAAUCAAACUUUUACCAAUGCCAGCGCGUUAGGAGUGCCUAGAGCUAAAGUGCAGCAUACUUCAGUCAACGCUUCCUUUAAUUUCCCGUGAUGAUUGUGACAACAUGAGCACUUGUAGCUGCCGCCUUGCCCGAGGCGCGCCACCCACUCACUGUCCCGCUCUCAGCCACACAGGAGCUAAAUGGUGCUGACAUUUACACAGACAUUCAUCCAACUUAACGUUACUGGCAGGUUUUGUUUAUUUCUUGUGUUAUGUUCAGUGAGAAACAUGGAUUUUGUUUAUUUUGUAUUUAGUGUUUAUUUGUCGCCCUCCCGUGCGGGGAAGGAAGGCUGCGUGCCCUUCGCCCCUCUCUAGUCUGUCCGCUGUAGACUUCAUUAUUUCUAGGCGGAUCUUUUCCUAAUACAAAAUUCUUUACAAGUUUUAAUUAUUUAUCCAGAGAUAUGUAUGUGCAUCUGUGCUCAAUAAAGUUUAAUACUUUUAA